AUGCAUCUGUGGCAGGCCACGGCUCCUUUCUGCCUGCUGGCAGCAGCAGCUCUUCCCGCUGCCGCCGCAUCAUCCUGGGGUUUUACUGAUGCCACCGUGGCAGUUCAACCUAAGGGUGCUGGUGUUAAUGGGGGUUUCAAGGAAACCUUAUCUGUUUCUAAACCACUGUCUAAACCCGUUUCCCUCGCCGGUGCCGAUACAUUGCGCGUCACUUUGACCACGCAGGAAGGAAGCUCUGCGAAACGCCCGCACCAAGCUUUCCUCCUUUUGAAGGACUCGGAGACUGGCCUUGAUAUCUCUUAUCCAUUCACAGUCAAGGAGAACGGAAAAUCCCGCGUGGAAUUGACCCAGAAGGAACUUCCCAUCCAAUUCCUUUCCGUUUCUGAGCCCAUUGACGCUCGCGUCGUCAUUGGUUCUUUUGGUAGCUCUGACGCAUACGAUAGCUCCAUCUUCCCUCUGUCGAUUGAGCGUGACCCCGACCACCCGAUCCCCACCUUCGAGGCCGCAAGAUAUGGCAAGCUCCCGGAGAUCCACCACGUCUUCAAGGAUGCUGCCACAAGCCCACCUGUCAUCAUUACUCUGGCAUUCGUGGCCCUGGUUGGCGCGGCUCUUCCCGUCUUAGCCGGAUUGUGGCUCUUCCUCGGUGCCAACGUUUCCCACCUUCCAACCGCUUUCAAAACAGCGCCUCUUCCCCACGCCAUCUUCCUGGGCUCUCUGUUUGCUUUCGAGGGGAUCUUUUUCCUGUACUAUACCUCAUGGAACUUGUUCCAGACCCUGCCUGCUGCCGCCAUUGUCGGUGCGAUCGCAUUCGUGAGUGGUAGCCGUGCGCUGGGUGAGGUUCAAGGCCGUCGCCUCGCUGGUCUUCGUUGA